UAUAGAAUCAUUAAUAAAUAAUCAUUUCGUUAAGAUAUUUGAGUACUCACAUCAUCCAUUUCUUUUUAAUAAUGUUAGAAGCAAGAAAACGCAUGCUAAAAAUUCUUGUCAAGAUAUAUCCAUAAAAUGACACUUGCGAUCAAUUAAGAGCACACGAUUAAACACACCUUAAUAUAUUUAGUGUACUUUCCUUACACUCUAAUCAAUAAAUAAUCGUAAAAUUAAUAUGACAGAAUAAUAAGAAAAUUAGAUUAAAAAAGAAAAUUGUCAAGUUAAUUUUAUGCUUAUUUAUUAAUCGUUAGAAAGUAAAAAAAUGUUCGGGAUAUUUUUGAAGUCAUUUCAAAAGAGUGAGUCUAAUGUAAUAUUUGAGAUUUUCGCGGUGUUCAUGAAUAUUAAAUUUGGUUUCCGGGUUUGAACCGCGUAGAUUUUUCUUUGUCUGAUUCCGACGUUUCACGAACAUUUCAGUCCGCUUCAUCAGGCAAGAACAAUCCGAUGCUAGAGAGUCUAAUGUAUCAGAAUGAAAUAUUCCCUGAAUAUUUCUCAGAUAUACCUUACAGAUAGUUUAGAAAAUAAUUAUUACUUGAAUUAAUACUAUAUUAAUCAAGAAGUUUUCUUCAGCAUAGAAUUUAUCUUGCUGAGGAAGCUUAGUAAAUUAUUUAAUAAUAGAUUUCAGUUCCUAAAAUAUAAACACACCGAAUAUGAAGCGGAGGAAUAAUAAAUUACGGCAGAUUGUCGAUAUUACAAAAUUCUAUGCAGUAAAUUUUACUAUAAAAUUCUCUCCAUGUAUAAAGGCCUUCUGCAAGAUGACAAGGAAGAUACAAAACGACAGAUUGUAAUUAUUAAACGUGUGGCUAAUUUAUACAGAUUGUGCACCUGAUAAAAAAUGCACGAAGCCGUCCGCAUACCGCGGCUAUCGGCGACGGCGGUAACGACGUGUCAAUGAUACAAGAGGCGCACGUGGGAUUCGGGAUAUUGGGAAAAGAAGGUCGUCAGGCUUCCAUGUCGGCUGACUUCGCCUUCUCGAAAUUUAUGUAUCUGAAAAAGGCGUUGCUGGUGCACGGUCACUGGUACUACCAGCGCAUCAGCAUCUUUUCGCAAUAUUUCUUUUAUAAAAACUUGAUCUUCAUGACGCCGCAAGUAUUAUAUGGCCUGCAUAAUGGAUUCUCUACGCAAGAACUUUAUGACAGUAUGUUCUUGAUGUUGUUCAACAUGAUAUUCACGACGCUUCCAAUACUACUGUAUGGAUUAUUCGAGCAAAACUACAGUGCGGAAAAACUCAUACAACAUCCGUACCUGUACAAACUAAAUCGAAAUAAUUAUUUAAUGUCGAGACAACAGUUCAUGAUAUGGAUGCUACUAAGCAUAUGGCAUACGUGUGUGAUAUAUUUUGUAGUAUACUCUCUCACGCUCACCAAUUCCGCAUAUUUAUAUGACAACACAACGGUUGGACAAUGGACUUUUAGCACUAAUAUUUUUCAUCUAGUCGUUCUAAUAGCGAAUGUUCAGAUAUUGCUACGUAGUUCCUACUGGACGUCGUGGUUUGUUCUAAGCGUAGUGCUGUCCCAAUUAACAUUCUUCUUAUUCACGUUUAGUUACUCGUUGGUAAAAAAGUAAGUGAGCAUUUUACAAUGUCGAGAAUUAUCUAUGAUAAAUUAUAAUUAUCCUGAUGGAAAAAAUUUGCUGAAAAUACAAAAAAAUCGUCUAAAAGAGAAAUUAAAGUUAUUAAAAAGUCACUGAAAACAUUUUAUGAUGA